AUGACCUCGAAAAGGGUAACAUUCGACCUGAUGAACCUGGGAUUCCCAGUACACACGGACCCCCUCGAGGUGGAGCGCCCAUCCAGCCAGGAGUCGUUUAGAGGAACUUUUAAUCCCGAUGUAUUACUGUCCGAUAAGUUGCUUAGACAGAGGCUGGACGAGGAAGUCAAGAACAUAGGUUCAGAUUUCUUUCUGAGGGAUCCAUCAAGUUCGGAUGAUUCGGAUGACUCUGCCUUUCCGGAGACAAUAUAUGAGCAGGUGCGCCGCUUGUCCUUCGCCAAGCAACGGAGAUUGCAUUACACUGAGUUCGCUACCGUGGAAUUGGCCCGGCGGCUGGUCUGCGAGGAGUUUGCCUCGGAAACCAGCAGUGUGAAGAGCGAAGACAUUGCCUUCCAGCCAGAGGAAAUAGGGGAGGAAUGUUCACCGUGCUGGAUGAAUUCGCUUGAAUCCUUCCCAUACUUGCAGUACGAGCGAAACACAACCUUGUCGCCGGGCUCCAGCGAAAGCGCUCUCAGGGAGGAUCCAGAGCCCGGCUUCGAUCCGAGCCAUCCCUGCUACCGAAAGCUGGUAGGGCAAUUAGGUUCGGCCACAACGGGAACCACUACUCCAGGAGCCUCUAAGCUGCUGUCGAAAGUGUCGUUGGCAGAUAUCAACACUGACUUGCAUGAGUCAAUGGAGAGGCAUACCCGGGUCCUAGACAAGGGCGAGAAGUGGGAUCUACAACAGUCACAUCCACACCAGUUAACGUUGUCGCAGCAAUCUUCGAAAAGUUCCCGUCUUCACACCAACAUGCAAUAUGAUAAAUCGGGGAAAUCGUCCGGAAAUCGAUCUAUGUAG